ACCUUGAGUUCUACCAAGUCCUUUGAUCCGACGGAUUACAACGAUUCUGGGAAUAUGCAAACGGGAACACCGGGCGAAUCUCCGUCGGAAUAUGACAAGGACGAGUCUCAAUCAGAAAAACGCUGUCGACAUACGCGAGAAGCACUUCAAACUCUCUUGAAUGUCAUCGUAUCGUCAAACAGCGACAAUGAGGAAAUUGAGGCCAAGAAAAGCAAUGAUGGCAUUCUGAAAUUGGCUCUGCACAGACUUGCCAAAAGAAACCUCAGCUUGGAGAUGCAACUGAAACACCUGGUGGCCGAACAACGGUGUCAAUGCCCAGCAGAACUGGGGGAACUCGUCAUAGAAAACGGCCCUUCCCCGUACACCCCGGAUCCCGCCAAUUUCAGCCCGCAAAAAUCCGGUGUCUGGAGCCCCUCGUUCACGAUCGCCAAAAUAACCCCGCGCGCCAAUUACAGCUCCUCCACCGCGUCCGACUCCGACCUCCGCGCUCUUCAAACCAGAUGCGAGAAAUUCGGCAAGGAAAACGCGAAAAUGAGGAUGGAAUUGCAAAAGCUGAAAAUCACGCUGGAAAACGAAAGGAUCGAAAAGGCUUUGCAACCUAUCCACGUCAGACAAGCGUCGAAGAAGAAGAAACAACAACAGAAACUGAUUGAUGACGGUGAUGACGGGAAGCGUCCGAGUCCUGUUCGGUUGUUCAAAGCGACGCGGAAAUUUGGCACGAAAAUCGGUCAUGCUUCUGGGCACCACAAACACAGCAGCAAGAAUAAGAACCCAGCACAAAACCCGGGUUCGCAAGUUAUCAAUGAGGGCGAAAUUGCACCGACAUCGAAGUUGCAUCCUUGCGUUUGUUUACAUGAUUCGAACAGCACCAAUUCCCACACAACACCUCCCACGUGAUCCUUUCCUGUCUUAAUUUUCAAAAAAAAAAGAAGAAGAAUAUCCAUCUAGCUGCGGAUUCUCUUGUUGAUGACCCAAUUUGUACUAUGAUGACUACGAAUACGAUUCUCCACGGUAUCACGAAAGA